AUGGGCGUCGAAGGCUGUACCAAAUGUAUCAAGUACCUGCUCUUCUUCUUCAACUUCAUCUUCUGGCUUGCCGGAUGUGUGGUUCUGGGCGUGGCCCUGUGGCUCCGACACGAACCCCAGACCAGCAGCCUGCUGGAGAUCAACUUUGAAGGACAGCAGGCGCCCAGCACCUUCUACAUCAGCGUGCACAUCUUGAUUGCGGUGGGCGCAGUGAUGAUGGUCGUAGGUUUCCUCGGAUGCUACGGCGCCAUCCAAGAGUCACAAUGUCUCCUGGGAACGUUCUUUGCUUGCCUCGUCAUCCUGUUCGCCUGCGAAGUGGCCGCCGGAAUCUGGGGCUUCAUGCACAAAGACACGGUCUCCAAGGAGAUGAUCAACUUCUACGACUCCAUCUACGACAAGGCCAUGUCGGGAACGCUCACCACAGACGCCGAGAAGAAGCAGGCGGCCGCCCACGUGCUCAAAGUCUUCCAUGAGUCGCUGAGUUGCUGCGGCAAAGGUCAAGGCACGUCCAUUUUGACGCAAUUCACCGACCGGCUUGGCAUCACCGACCUCUGUCCCAGCUCCGGAACCUCGGUUGUAACAAAUGAACAUUUGUUUAUUGAAAGCUGUCAUGCCCGCCUCACCGAGCUGUUUUCCGACAAGAUCUACCUGAUCGGCAUCGCCGCCCUGGUGGUGGCUGUCAUCAUGAUCUUCGAGAUGAUCUUCAGCAUGGUCCUGUGCUGCGGCAUCCGCAACAGUCCAGUCUAUUAG